ACCAAACCAACAACCGGAAACCGCCUGCUCGCAACUUUUGUCUCUGAAAUACGCUGCUCAAUACCGAGAAUCUACUUCGCUUAUUACCGAAACACGCCGCUUAGUACCGGAAUAAUGUCGGGCACAUCAAACAUCGUUGCGAUGAAGAAAGUCGUCCAGCAGUUGCGCUUCGAGGCAAACAUCAACAGAGUAAAGGUGUCUCAGGCAGCUGCGGAGCUUCAGCAGUUUUGCAUUCAAAACGCCCUACAAGAUCCUCUGCUGACUGGAGUGUCUUCAAGCACCAACCCCUUCAGGACACAGAAGGUUUGCUCGUUCUUGUGAAGGCCCAUGAUGGACGUCCAUCAUCGGCCUUUUCCAGUUCCUGUGACAUUUCUGCUUGGGAAAACAAAGGCAACCACUGCCAUGAUGUUUAAUUGAAAAAGAAGCAGCCGCAGCAGUUUAACAGCUGUAAACUUGCCAGUUAAUACCUCAUGCCAUAAACCCAGAAGCAAGAACUGAAAGGAUCUCCCGCUUUAUGUCUGUAAUGGUGCAUUUCUCCUGUUUUUAUUUUUAGAUGAAGCCUAAUGUUUUAAUACUCCACAACCUGCAUUCGAUUCUCCCUUUUCCACUGUCUUCAGAUUUCAGUUUGAAAAGCUCAAACUCAAGCGUCUGCCUUAAAAAGUGCUAAACCGCGCUCCAGUUUUGUGGAGAGAAGCCUUUGUAUUUUUUAUGUGGCACAGCAGGGGGAACUUAGUAAUUUAUUGUGCCUUUUUAACAUUGUAGUCUAUUUCUCUAUCUUCUCUGGACUUUUUAUAACCCAAAAUAAACCCAUGGAUUUCUA